AUGGAACAUUUGGAGCCACGGACAAAUCAUCGAAUUCACAGCUAUACUUUACAAAGUAUGCGACAAGACCAAGGUGAGUCAAUCGAUAAUUUUAUUGCCAAGAUUAAAAAUAUCGCAGCCAAAUGCAAGUUUAAUGGCAAUGAAGAAAUCGAGGACAGAUUAUUAGAUCAACUAAUUUGGGGUACAAAUGAUCCUGAAGUUCAGAAAUCCUUAAUUGGACGCGAUGAAAAACUAACAUUAAAUACUGCCAUAGAUAUUGCUAGAAGUUAUGAAGCAACGAAGCGUCAAAUGAAUUCAUUAUCAAAUCAAAAUAAGGGAAAUUCCCAGCGAAUUGAUAACAUUACACGCAAGAAAUUGAACGCUGAUAAUAAAAAUCAUAAUAAUAUUAUACGGUGUAGAAAUUGUGGCAAAACUCGCAAACUGCCACAUAAAGGGAAUUGUCCAGCCCAUGGUACCACAUGUAGGAAUUGUGGCAAAUUAAAUCACUGGCACUAUUGGUAUGCAAAUCACCUAAGAGCCAAUAUAGAUCAAAGUCGCCAUACCGAAAAAACAAAAAAUCCAUUAAUAGUCUUGAGAAACAAAAUGAGAAUGACCCGUAUGUAGAUAUCCCAACAAUUGGCACUAUUGAAAUAAAUAGUGUGAAAAUCAUAAUAAUACUACUAGUGAAGAAAUAUUUACUACCCUACGUGUUAACCGUAAGAAUAAUGGAGAUAUAAAUUUAAAAUGCAAAGUAGAUACGGGUGCUCAGAGCAAUGUAUUGCCCAUUCAUUUGUUUCGUGUUCUAUAUCCUGAAUUAAUUAAUGCAGAAGGAAUGCCCAGGGACGGUGCUCUGCAAAGAAGUGAUGUUAUUUUAACUGCAUAUGGGGGAUCUGAGAUUACCCAAUUUGGAAAAAUACUGAUACCAUGUCAACAUAAAAGGGGGAAAUUUAACUGUAUUUUUUACGUAACUGAUGCAGUAGGACCAGCUAUAUUUGGAAUAAAAGCGUGUAGAUCCCUUGAACUGGUUUCACUUCAUUGUGCACUGGAAACAAAACGUGUGCAAGGAAAGAACGUCUCUCGAGAUGUUGCCCAGGGGUCUAGCAAAGAGGAAGUAAAGCCCAGUAAGACUGUUAGAUUUGCAGAUCAAGCAAAGAUAAUAAAUCAGCAACAAAAUCGGUCCAGAAAUUAUAUUAAACCUUCUGUGCCAAUAACAAGCCGUCCUCGUAUAAAGGACAAAGAGCAUCUGAUUGAGAUGUACCGGUACCCAGAAUGUUUUGACGGGUCAGUUGGAUGUUUUGAAGAUUACACUUACCAUAUUACCAUAGAUCCUAAAGUUAAACCAGUUGUUCAUGCACGUCGCAGAGUACCAUUAGAACUG